CGUUGACCAGACCCUUUAUCUGAGAAUAUUUUCUUUCAGUUCAGAAAACUUGAAGAAAAAGCAGCCAUGAGUCUCUCUGGAAAAGACAAGAACAUAGUCAAGGCUUUCUGGGAUAAAGUGUCCCCGAAGGCCACUGAUAUUGGAGCUGAGGCUCUGGGCAGGAUGCUGACUGUUUAUCCUCAAACCAAGACCUAUUUUUCCAAAUGGGCUGAUUUAAGCGCUUCUUCCGCACAAGUGAAGAAGCAUGGUGGGGUGAUCAUGGCAGCCGUUGGAGAUGCUGUCUCAAAAAUUGAUGACCUUGUCUCUGGGUUGAAGAACCUCAGCGAGCUGCAUGCCUUCGAGCUCAGAGUGGAUCCUGCCAACUUCAGGAUUCUGGCCCACAACAUCAUGGUGGUUUUGGCCAUGUACUACCCCGCAGACUUCACCCCAGAAGUUCACCUCUCUGUUGACAAGUUCCUGCAGAACCUGGCUUUGGCUCUGUCCGAGAAAUACCGCUAAACUCGAAAUCAUCUAAGAGCACCGACUGCAUAGGCCUACUUGUGACAUGUCGUCCACAAAUAUGUUAACGUCCCCUAACGUUAAUACAGGCUUGGUGAAUAAAACUGACUAAUAUAAAGUG